AUGGAAAACAACCAGAAGUACUACUCGAUGACUGUAGGCGCUGCCUAUGCCCUACUGGAGUCCUACAAGGACAGCUCCAUGGUUGUUCCUGCCGCCACUGGCAAGAAGUCGACUUCAUGCCCCCUUCUGAUGAUCCCUGUCGAGCUUCGCGUGAAGAUCUACCGUCUCGUUCUCAAAGCCUCUGGCUUUCGUCUGCUCGUUGGCAACCAGUCGUUCUCGGUCUACAAUGAGGACACCCCAAUCUGGGAUUCUCGCGCUCAGGAUGCCCUCCUCAUGCCACCCAUCGCAGGCUUCCUCGCAUUGCUCUCAGUGAACAAGCAAAUCCACAGCGAGGCCAUGCCCGAAUUCUACCACGAGAACCACUUCCAAUUCACAGACAUGGGCGCCAUGAAGCGCUUCCUGAAGAACAUCGGUGCGGAGAGGAGAAAGCACGUCCGUAACGUGUCUGUCUACUACGACAACUUGUCAGCCGCUGCUGCUGGAGCUAAGCUCCUCACCGAGUCUGACACUCUUCAGAAGCUCACUCUCACCAUUACUGCCACCCAGGACGCCGCUGGUCACUUCACAAUCAACUCCAGCCGCCGCAAGUUUUCGACUCUGACCCAAGUUCCUGGCUUCGCCGCAAUGAAGCGCCUUCGUGGAGUCCAGGAGUUGGCUUUCAACCCUAGACUUGAGCACGCUGUGGUUGACGCUUUCUUGCGUCCCAUCAUCACACAGCCCAAGUCUACCAGAGUUGUCAGAAAGACCAAGAAGACUGCCAAGCGCAAGUCGUCCGACCACGAGACCCCUACCGCAAAGAAGUCGAAGAGUGGUUGA